AUGGUUCCAAGACAGCAGAAUGCCCAGCUGCCUCUCUUUUUGCUGUUGGGGCUCUUGGGAAUGGUGAUCUCACUCCAUGUCCCACGUGGUACUUUUACCUGGGCUCAGUGGUUUGAGAUUCAGCACCUAAAUAUGGCCCACCCUGAAUGCAAUGAUGCAAUGCGGGUGAUUAACCGUUACAGAAUGGUAUGCAAAGGUAAAAAUACUUUUCUCCACACAACGUUCGCUGAAGUAGCUGGUGUUUGUACCACCAGAAAUAUAACCUGCCAUAGAUCAUACAGGACGAAUUGUCAUAGGAGCUCAGUUCAAGUGCCUCUAACCUACUGCAACCUCACAAGAAGUCCACCAGAUUAUAGGGACUGCCGUUAUAGACAGACAGAGGCACGGAUGAUCUACAUCGUCGCGUGUGACAGCAGAUCACCAACGGACAGUCCCCUGUACCCCGUGGUUCCAGUUCACUUGGAUGAUAUCAUCUAA